AUGACCAGCAAAACUUCGUUAAGCUUAACAGAGGAACGUCCCAAUAGUGCUAAUGUUUCUCAACUCAAAACACUUUCAUUAAAUUUUUUACAAAACAUCUCUGAAAUAUCCAACGAAGAAGAAGUUCCAAAACUUAGUCUAUACCAAAAAUGUGGAAAAGAAAUUUUAGCAUUUCCACUACGGGCAUUUGUCGUAUUAUCUUGUGAACACAUAUUCCAUAGAACAUGUAUUGAGCAACAUAUCGUUCGUAUAGAUACGCAGGUUCCUAUACACCCUAGCUGUCCUAUCUGCUCUACAAUCAUCGAAGUUAUUAGAGAAGAAGGUACUCUUGGUUCCGACAAGUAUCAGAUGGUGCCCAAGAUUCGUUCCCUUAUUGAUUUUGAGAAAAAAGCAUCCCAGCAAAGCACUGAUACUAUAGAGGAUGAUCUGGAAUUGGAGUAUAUGAGGGAGUUAGGCCUUAUGGGUGAUACAUCUUCUGUUGGUCAAGAGAAGCAACUGGAUAAUGCUUCAACCCAAGAUCAAACAAAUAUUUCUGUCACAGCACAAGAGCAAGAUACAAGCCCUAUGUGUCUUGAGUUGGAAACUUGUGGCAAAGCCACUGGCACUAGCUCCGUUAUUAGCAACGAAAAAGGUACGACUACCGUGGUGCAGGUCAAUCCAUCCGAUCAAGAUAGUGCAAACGAGACCACAGAUUCUAGUACAUCACCACUCAAACGCAAUAGUGUUUCUGAACCUGCCAUAGCAGUUAAUGCAAAAGAAGAAUUUAGACCACAUAAAGUACCUCAUAUUAACUCGACUUCAGUUGAAUCUGAUAAAAAAGAGAAGGAGUCAAAUGUAUUGAAGGGCUUUAUCGAAGAGUUAACCGCUAAUUCAUCUGAAGUUUUCAAAGACCUACCGUUAGAUGGGAAUGAAGAUAAUUUUUUAUAUCUGUACAACAGAAUUACUAAUGCUGAAGCUCACAGCGAAAUCGCAAAUCAAGAAGUUAUACGUUACUAUUACUCUCUUGGGAAG